AUGCCUCCUCCACCAGACCUCUCUUCCUAUCGCCUCAGCGACGCCGAUUCCCAGCGCAUAUUCCAAGAGCAGAUCCUCCCGGCCACCUUCCCCGCCUCCGCCUCCGCCUCCUCCUCCUCCGCCUCCGCUUCGACGCGCCGCGUCCCCCUCGCCGUGCUCACCGUCGGCCAGACCGGCGCCGGCAAGACCCUCCUCGCGCCCGCCAUCCUCCGUGCCCUCCUCCUCUCCUCCACCGCCCCGGCCCCGGCGCACCUCAUCGCCGACACCUUCAAGACGUACCACCCGUCCUACUCGCACCUCCCGCCCGCGCACGCCUCCCCCGCCACCGGCCCGGACGCCCGCCGCUGGGGUGGUGCUGGCCGUGCCGGCGGCGCUGUCGCGGCUCGGCGUGCUGAGUCGCUUCUACGGCGCGAGGCCGGAGGCGCGCCCGAGGGGGGGGAUGCCGCCGCGGCUGACGCCGCGUAUGGCUGGGAGCAGGGGGGGGCGCCGGGGAUUGCGAGGGCGGUUGAGAGGGAGCGCGGACGACGGCUGACGGAGGAGGAGAGGAGGACGGCGCUGGAGGAUGUGAGCGUCUUGGAAGCUCACGAGGACGCCAAGGAGCAGCUGGAGCAGGUCAAGGUGCUUCUGGAGCCGCUGAUGAGAGAGCGUGCGCAGGAUGAGACGUAUCCUGCUCUAGAACCGUUGGAUUUUGCGCAAAAGGACGGAGACAGGAGAGCAAGCAAUGUGCUAAGAUUAGGUUAUGCGUAA